AUGGCGGACAGUGCUGUUACUUUCCUCCUACAUCACUUGCCCCGGCUGCUGGCAGAAGAAGCAAAUCUCCUUCGUCGAGUGAAGGAUGAAGUGGAUUCGCUUCAUAGGGAGCUCAAACUGAUUAAUAUCUUCCUCCAGAACUCUGAAGGGAAAAGGAACGAGCAUGGAAUAGUGAAGGAGGUAGUUAGGCAAAUCAAGGAUGCUGCUUACGAGGCUGAGGAUGUUAUCGACACGUUCAUCCUCAACGCCGCAGAGCAGAGGAUGAGAAACAUAAUUUGGAAGCUGUUGCACUGCUUUAACGACGCCAAAACGCUUCAUGUUGUUGCUAACAAGAUAGAAGGUAUCAACAAACAAAUCAAUCAAAUCCUUGACAAUUUCAAAAAGUAUGGCAUUGAACGUGGUGAAGCGAGUGGAGAUGCAGCGGCAGAGGACCAGCUACGCAGACGUAGGCGAGACGUGGAGGACGAUGACGUGGUUGGCUUUGAUGGCGGCUCCGAGAUAUUGGUGAGGCAGCUUAUUGAAGGGAGUUCAAAGCUUGAUGUCAUUUCAAUAAUCGGCAUGGGUGGGUUGGGCAAGACCACUCUUGCCAAGAAAAUCUACAAUAAUGACUGCAUCAAGAGUCACUUUUUUUGCCGUGCGUGGGUGAAUGUAUCUGAAGAUUUCAGCCCCAUUGAGUUACUGCUUGAAAUUUUGAAGUCCCAAAAUUUAAAAUCUGAUAGAGAUGAGUUGACAGUGGAGUACCUAGUAAAGAAGCUUUUUGAAUACUUGCAAGCUAGGAAGAGGCCAUACCUUAUAGUCAUGGAUGACAUUUGGGAAACUAAAGUCUGGGAUGUGGUACGAUUUGCAUUUCCAGAUAACUCGAAUGGAAGCAGAAUAUUAAUCACCAGCCGUGUAGGAGAAGUGGCUUCACAUGCAAGCCUUACUCCUCCCUACUUCCUUCCAUUUCUUGAGAAAGAUGACAGCUGGAAACUUUUUCGUAAAAAAGUGUUUCGAGGAGAAGAAUGUCCUCACGAGUUGGAAAUCAUGGGAAGACGAAUCGCAGAAGGUUGCCGUGGCUUACCACUUGCAAUUGUGGUAUUAGGGGGUGUUUUAGCAAACCAAGAGAAGACAUUGCGAAGAUGGUUGGAAGUGGUUGGCGAUGUAAAUUGGUAUCUUAAUACUGAGAAAACAAAAAUAUGCAAAGACAUUCUGGCCUUAAGCUACACCCACUUGUCCCGCCACUUGAAACCGUGCUUUUUGUAUUUUGGUGUAUUUCCAGAAGACUUUGAGAUUCCUGUGAGGCGAUUGAUUCGAUUGUGGAUAGCUGAAGGAUUCAUACAGUACAUCGGCAAGAGAAGAAAGGAGGAUAUUGCUGAAGACUACCUAGAGGAGCUUAUUGAUCUAAGCUUGAUCCAAGUGGCUAGCAGAAGGGAGAAUGGAAGAGUAAAGACUUGCCGCAUACAUGAUCUUUUGCGAAAUCUCUGCAUAUCCGAGAGUGCUGAAGAGAAGUUUUUUGGAGUUCUUGUAGAUGAUAACCAUUUAUUUGCAAACAAAUCCCGCAGACUUUCCAUUCAGUUAUAUUGA